AUGCAGAUCAAGCUCCUCGCCCUCGCGGCCCUCGCCACCACCGCCGUCGCCGACAUCAAGGGCGCCCUCGAGACCAUUGCCACCGCCACCAUGCAGCUCAACAAGUCCGUCACCUCGUACUCGGGCGGCCUCCUCGGCCUCGUCCCCAUCACCACCGACUCGCUCUGCCUGCUCAACGACAUCAACCAGGGCACCCGCACCGCCCGCGCCUCGGCAGCCCUCGACUACGAGGCCGCCCUCGACAUUGCCGGCGCCACCGGCACCCUCGCCGACGACGUAAACACCGUCAUUGACAACCUGGUCCGCACCAAGCCAAAGUUUGACAACUGGGUGAUUGUGACGCCCAUCAUCAAGGUCGUCAUCGAGCAGCAGCGCGACGCGACAAAGGAUCUGUGCGCGGCGAUUUUGCAAAAGAUUCCAAAGGAGCUGGCUGAUGUUGCGGCGAUUCUGAUUAAGCAGAUUGAUGACAAGUUCGUCGAGGGCAUCAAGGCGUUUUCUUGA